AUGAGUGUCGUUCUGCUUCCGGUGGAAACUUGUAAGGCUUUAGAAGGUAUUAUGGCUAAACUCUGGUGGAAAACAGGCUCUUCGACUACAAGGAGUAUUACUUGGAUGAGAUGGGGGCGUAUGUGUAGACACAAACAUGCGGGUGGACUGGGCUUCCAAAGCUUUCAUGAUUUUAAUUUAUCUCUACUGGGAAAGCAAGGGUGGCAGCUCCUUACAAAUGAAUCUUCUCUGAUUGGAAAGGUGUUUAAGGCUCGUUACUAUCCAAAUGGAACAUUUUUGGAUGCUAGAUUGGGUAAUAAUCCCAACUUUGUUUGGGGGAGUGUGCAUGAGGCGCAGUCUAUUGUUCGGGCGGGUGCUCGAAGGACGGUGGGAGAUGGUUUUACGAUCUCAAUUUUACAUGACCCUUGGUUACCUUGCCCUGUAAAUCCGUAUGUGCAUUCGGACCACCCUGGGUUACAAGACAAAACAGUUCACAGUCUCUUUCGAUUGGAUGAUAAGGUGUGGGACAUGGAAAUCAUAAAUGACUUGUUCUCUGCUCGAGACAGGGCUCUUAUUACAUCUAUACAGCUGAGCUCAAACAAUCAUAGUGAUUGCUGGUCUUGGAGGUUCGAGAAUAGUGGUCUAUUUACCGUAAAAAGUGCGUAUCGUUUCUUGGAAAAUCUGAAAUAUGAUUGGGUGGGCGAUGACAACACUAGUUUUUGGAGGAAAAUGUGGACAUUAAAGAUUCCCCCAAAGGUUAGUAACUUUAUUUAA